CUAACUAGACUUAGGGUGGAUAAUUUGAACUUGUUUUACGUCAAACUGUGGUAACAUGGGCAUUUUGCCGUAGCUGUGAAAUUUAAGGUUAUGAAUAAAGGAGCGUUUCUCUUGAACUGAUGAAGUAUUUGUACAUUUAUAUCUGUUUUGCCAUGGCUAUAGAUGCCGGGAGAGGAACUUCAAUUAGAUUCGAAGAUAUUAUUUGGUCUUCUGAAGAUAUAUUGAAGUCUUUGAUCACUGACAUUUGGGCUUGAUGAAUCUGAUUUCAUUGUCAAUUCUGCUCAGUUUAAUGUAGUGGACUCGCUCACUUUACCUUUUUGGAAAGCAAAUAAUUAGGACCUAUGGUGUCCUUUUCGUAUUACACGAUCAAUUAUGGGAUUUCAAUGUAAAAUGCAACUCAUUUAGAGGGCAGGAUGGGCAGCUUUAUUUCUAUGGUUGCAACAUUUUUCCUUGCAUAAAUUUUGGAAUAUUUGUGAAGUAUUUUUAGGCAGCUUCUUUUCUGGGUGGGCGUGCCCUGGAAGUUCAAUUGGAAUAUUUGUGGAACAUGGUGUCUAAUAUUUGUGGAACACCAUUUGUCCUAUCAGCUAACCGUGCAAUCAACCAAGGCAGUAACCAUCAAUCACCCUCUUUUCACGUUCGAUGAUGCAAACAUAAGUCAAAGAAUGAAUGCAGAGCCAUGGGGGUUAAGUCUGGAUUGAGAUUCUUUGGAAUCCUAACAAAGAUAAUUCAUUGUUUAUCAGAGAUUUCAUCUUUUAUUUUCUUCGGGGUAAAAAAUAAUGAUAAAUAAGCAUAUGUUAUGCCAGCUAGCUGAGGUUCAGUUGUUCAAAUCUAGAAGUAAAGCAAGCAUGUGAUGCAAGUAGUAGUCUUUUCGUCCAUAUAUGUUAUGCAGACACCAUUUCUGUGGGGAAGUGUAUGUUCCAACGGUUUUGAGGGAUUUAAGGAACAUAAAAAUGGCAUGUAGUUGAGUUAGUUAUUCAAGUGGUUUAUCGAAUGCUCUAACUCUGGUCUACAAAUACUUUGAGCAUUACCUACUUUGUACAAUCAGAAGAAUGGCUCGUAUUGUGGGUAUUUCAAUACUAACAUUGGUAGUGGUAAGUGGGUUAGACAUAGGUGAGGCAUCAGGAAAAGGAGUAGCAGAGGCAAUUGAUGCGUUAGCGUGUGAGCGUAUAUUUGAAUACUUCACAUAUUGCAUGGAAUUUCUGGUGGCGGCUCCAGAUCAUGAAACUCCUCCGAGAAGAUGUUGCACCCACAUAGAGAAGCUUAACAUACUAGCACAUCACAGGACCGGUCCCCGCCGGCUCUGCCAGUGUAUUGAGCUCAUGGUUAAGGGGGUUGCACCACCUAUAGUUUCCGACAGAGUCACUGCUCUCCCCAUCAUGUGCAAUACCCAUCUCAGUUUCCCUAUUUCCGAUAGUAUGGAUUGCUCCACAAUUGGUCAAGGCACAUGAUCUGUACUGUGUGCUGCGGGCUAUAAUGUAAAUUACAGCUAUGAUACUAAAAGUUGCAAUAAGACAAUAAAGGUUGUCAAAUCCAAUUUGGAUUAGAAUGUCAAUUUAAAUUGGAUUACCAAACUCUACUUCUAUAUAACCAAACUAUUGUCUUGGCAGCAGAAUGAGAAGAGUCUCGC